GAAUCUAAAUUGACUCUUUUAUCCAACAAACAAUACAAAUUAAUUCCCGGGCUGCAUUCAGUUUUGAAGCAUUGAUUAUGGGUCACGAUGAUUGGGUCACCGGAUUGCAAUGGCAUCCAAGUUACAGAUACACCAAUGGCAACAAGAAGUUACAAUUAUUAACAUCAAGUGCUGAUACCGCUUUGAUGAUUUGGGAAAUGGAUCCAGAUUCAGGGAUUUGGGUGUGUGUAAGCAGAUUAGGGGAAAUGUCAAUCAAAGGAGCUAGUACUGCCACUGGUGCCUCAGGAGGGUUCUGGUCUUGUUUGUGGUUUAUUGACGAAGAAUCAGAUUCUCAAUACGUGCUUGCCAAUGGUAAAACUGGUUCAUUCAGAGUUUACAAAUCUAUUGAAGAAUCAAACCAAUUUGAAUCGGUAUUGGGUGUUACUGGUGCAGUUAGGGAUAUCACCGAUUUGAAAUGGUCCUUAAAUGGAGAAUACUUCACUGCUACUUCAUUAGAUCAAACCACCAGAUUAUACGCUCCAUGGAGAUCUAAUAGACAAUUCACCACCUGGCAUGAAUUUGCCAGACCACAAAUCCAUGGGUAUGAUAUGAUUUGUUAUGAUAAUAUUACGGGAUCUAAAUUUGUCUCUGGGGGUGACGAAAAGAUUCUUCGUGCUUUUGAAAUGACCAAUUCCUUGAGUAAAUUAUUAAAGAAACUAUGUGGAUUUCAAGUUGUUGAAGAAAAUGUAGAAUUACCUGAAUCUGCGUCGUUGCCUGUGUUAGGGUUAUCCAAUAAGGCUGCCAAUGAGCAAUUAGAAACUGGGGAUUUGGCACCACAACAACAAGAUGACGAAGAACAACAACCACCACAACAAGAUGAUGUAUUAACCUCACUUGAAACUCCACCUUUGGAAGAAUAUUUACAAAGGUAUACCCUUUUCCCUGAAAUUGAAAAGCUAUAUGGACAUGGUUAUGAAAUAAGUUGUUGUGCUUCAUCACCUAACGGAUCAUUAAUUGCAUCUGCAUGUAGAUCCAAUACAGCUAAGCAUGCUGUGAUUAGAGUUUUUAAUGCCAAGCAAGAUUUCCAACAAUGUACCCAGAUCUUACAAGGCCAUAACUUGACCAUAUCUAGUCUUGAAUUUUCACCAAACGGUAAAUACUUGCUUGCAGUUUCCAGAGAUAGACAAUUUAGUUUAUGGACUGUUGAAAAUGAAACCACUGGCGAAUUCAAAUUGUUUGAGCUUAAUCCUAAACCCCAUACCAGAAUCCUUUGGGAUUGUUCUUGGGUCGGCGAGAACCAAUAUGGAGAUUUCUUUGUUACUGUAUCUAGAGAUAGACAUAUGAAGUUAUGGAAAGUAGGUGAGAGCCAAUGUGAAUUGGUUGCUUCUACAAAAUUACCACAACCAAUAACAUCGGUGUCUGUAUUUAAAGGAGGUUUAAUUGGAACCAACGCUAUAGUUGCAGUUGGUUUAGAAAAUGGUGGAAUUUCCGUAUUCCAAUUUGAUAUUGCUCAAGCUAUUAGUGAGUUUAAGCAUAUUGUUGAUUUGGACGAGUUGAUUGUUCCUGCAAAUAGAAUCGAAAAGUUAAGCUUUAGCAAUAAGUUACAUUCAGAUAAACUUUGGUUGGGUGUUGGAAGUAAGGAUACUUCUGUCAGAUUGUAUACCAUUGACAAGUCACUUUUUUUGUAAUAGAAUAGCUAUAUAUAGUGUACAUUAUUCACAUUCACAUAGUAGACAUUCC